ACUAGUUACUUGCAGUACACUCUACUCUGUACAGCUCGUGGGUGAGCUGUGACAUCUUGAUAAUAAAAAUAAUAUUUUUUUUUCCUUAUCAGGCCAUCGAGUAUUAAUUUUAUUUCUAACUACUAAAAAAAUAGUUUAACUACAGUAAUAGGUGCCAAAAAUUACCAACAAAUAAUAUGUGUGUAAAAAAGUAGAUAAUACUUGUACUUGGAUAUUAAAAUAUAUUUUUUGAUGAGCCAAGGUCCGUUGACAUAUCACAAAUUAUUGCACUGUACAGUAGAAGUGGAUAAGAAAAGUAAUCUACUGUUUAAAUAAUAAUAAUGCUGUUUAAAAUAAAACAUGGCACUCCUUGUAAAUCGUACAUAAGUAUUAAUAAUGUCAGCACCACCACCUCCACCGCCGCCAACGUUUAAUAUAGCAAACGCAGCUGGUGGUGACCAAGGCAGAGGUUUAUUAUUACAGUCAAUAAGAGCUGGAAAAAGUUUAAAAAAAACAGUUACUGUUGACAAGAGCGCUCCUUGUAUAAAUGGUAAAGUGAAGAAUGGCCCCACGGCUGCAGUCAGUUCAUCAGCUGGAAACAGUAACAGUUUCAUUAGCAACGGUGGUAGCAAUAGCAAUAACAGCAGUCCAGCUCCGCUGGCUCUUGGUGGACUGUUUGCUGGGGGUAUGCCAAAGUUGAAGCCCACUGGCUUACGCAGUACCAUUGUAGAAAGAGAUUCACCAGCGUCAUUACCAGUUUCAACUGGAUCGAGUCCAUCGCCGGUUGUUACUAAUAGCAAUACCAUUAUUAAUAAUAAUAGUAACAACAACAACAGCAGCACAAUGAAACGUGGACCACCUCCUGUUCCACCUCCUGCAGCUCAAAAGCCUCAAAUAUCAUUACCACAAUCAUCGUCAGAGAGUUCGACCGAUUCACCACACAGAAGUUUUGGAAAACCUGCAUUAGCACCAAAGCCACCAGGUACAUCGACACUCCACAAACCACAUCCACCCGUAAAAAAACCAGACUUACUUGGCGGAACGAGUGUAUCAAGAGCUCAAAGUAUGCGUUUACCAAGAUCGCCCCCGGUACUCGCUCCAACGCCAUCCUCGCUACAUCAAUCCCAGGAUUGCUUGAAUGAAACCCAGCAUCGGCCAAAUCGAGUUCUUCGACCGCCAGUAGCGCGGCCUCCAUCGCCACCCACGUCAUUUAAAUCAGCAGCUCCGCCGGCUCCGGUGACGCGGGUAGCACCACCACCACCAAACAGAGCCACCGUAUCAGCACCUAGUAUGCCUCCUCCACCUCCUCCGCCUCCUCAUCGGUCUAAUCUAUCUCAUCAAAGAUUAGCCCCAUUACCUCCAACUCCACCCACUCGCAAUCUUUCAUUAUCCAAUGGCCAAACGUCAAUUAAUCACAAUACUGAUUUAGAAGUAAGAUUCAGCGACAUGUUCCAUUCAAUCAUCAACUUCCCGUCGCCUGAACCUUUUCGUGCAGUACCAAAACUCUACAAUAGUAAAAAUGCGGCUAAGCAACAGGCUCCAGCACCUCCUCAACAAUCAAACAAUUCUAGCCCUAAUACUUAUCAAUUGAAUGCAUCUACUGGUGGUAAGCAAUGGCAACACAAUGCAGCGUCGUCAGCAUGUUAAAGUAUAUAUAUCAUAAUUUUAAAAUGUAAUACUUAUUACAAAUUUUAUAUUUGUUUUAGAAUAAUUAAUAAUAGUUUAUAAAAGUAUUAACUCAUUUUUUCUGUCGUUUAAAUUGUAUAUAAUUUUUUUUUUUUUAAUUUACAUUAAACUCGAGUCAAAUUUUAAGUCAAGACUUGCACAAUUAAAGUUAUUAAAUGUAAUUAGUAUAAUUUAUUAAGUGAUAGAAGGCAUUUUUUUUUUCUUAUUGUACACUCGUAAUGUUAUUAACUGACAAAAAUAUAUAUAACAAAUAACUUUA